UUUUCUUUCUAAUCCCAAAACACAGAAACAAACAUCCAGCACCUUCGCAAUCAAAAAUAGAAAAGAAAAAGAAACACCCUCCUCCUUAAUUUCAUCGCCUUUCUUCCUUGCUUUCGUUCCUUCGAUCCCGUGCAAACAAGUCUUCCAACUGUCUUCUUUCUUCGCAUUCUGAUUCAGUUCCGGUUAAUGGAUCGACCGCUCAUUGACUUAGACGACGACGGCGACGAUGAGGACGACGAAAUCCAAUACGACGUUCUGUCUUCCAAGUCUAUUGAGUCCACCUCCAAGCGCCUCGACCGCAAGCUCUCCAACGACGCCUCCGGCCCCCAAAAUGAUGGCUCUUCCCUCCCCGAGUUCGUCGCCAAGGGCGGUGGCACCGGGAUAUUCAAAGUACCCGUCCGCUCCGCCGUGCACCCGGGUCGCCCGCCAUGCUUGGAGCUCCGGCCUCACCCGCUUAGAGAAUUGCAGGUUGCCAGCUUUUUGAGAACUGUCACCGCUACGGACUCCCAGUUGUGGGCCGGGAGCGAGUGCGGGGUUAGGAUUUGGGACUUCGAGGAUUUGUACCAGCCAGGGGUCGGAGACCUGAAGACUGGGGAUGAGUAUACAGCACCGUUUCGGGAGUCUGCUUCGACUUCGCCUACCACAUGUUUGCUCGGGGAUGAGGGGAGCAGAGUGGUGUGGAGUGGGCACAUUGAUGGGAGAAUCAGGUGCUGGAAGACGACGAUAUCUGACCACAAUGGCGAAUCCUGGAGUCGAUUCAAGGAAAGCUUCUCAUGGCAGGCUCAUCGCGGCGCCGUUCUUUCAUUUGUCAUCACGUCUUAUGGGGAUCUGUGGUCUGGUUCGGAAGGUGGUGUUAUUAGAAUAUGGCCAUGGGAAAGUAUUGAAAAAUCUCUCUCUCUAACAAGCAAAGAGAGGCACAUGGCUACUCUAUCAGUGGAGAGGUCUUGCAUUGACUUGCGGAGCCAACUCUCUGUGAAUGGUUUCAGUAACAUAUUAACAUCAGAUGUUAAGUAUCUGUUGGCUGAUAACUCUAGAGCAAAAGUGUGGAGUGCUGGUUAUCUGUCAUUUGGUCUGUGGGAUGCUCGCACAAGGGAGUUACUGAGAGUGUUCAAUACGGAUGGUCAGAUUGAGAACCGAGUGGACUCUUCAUCAUUUCAGGAUUUUUCAAUUGAAUAUGCCUCAAAUUGGAAGGAAAAAAUGCAGGGUUCCUUUGGUUUCUUUCAGCGCUCACGUAAUGCUAUAAUGGGGGCAGCAGAUGCUGUUCGUCGAUUUGCUACAAAGGGGGCCUUUGGAGAUGACAAUCGAAGAACUGAAGCACUGGUGUUGACUAUAGAUGGGAUGAUUUGGACUGGGAAUACAAGUGGCCUACUUGUGCAAUGGGAUGGCAAUGGUAAUCGUAUACAAGAGUUUCAGUAUCACCCUUUUGCUGUUCAAUGUUUAUGUACAUUUGGUCCACGAGUAUGGGUUGGUUAUGCAAGUGGAACUGUCCAGAUACUGGACCUUGGCGGUAAUAUGCUUGGAGGGUGGGUAGCUCACAGUAGCCCUGUGAUAGAAAUUACUGUUGGAGCUGGUUAUGUUUUUACCUUGGCUAGUCACGGUGGUAUACGUGGAUGGAACAUCACAUCUCCAGGACCUCUUGACAGCAUAUUGCGAUCAGAAUUGGCUGGCAAAGAAUUUCUAUACACAAGGAUAGAAAAUGUGAAAAUGUUGUCUGGCACAUGGAAUGUUGGACAGGGAAGAGCAUCUCAUGAUUCACUUAUAUCCUGGCUGGGUUCUAGGGCCAAAGAUGUUGGGAUUGUUGUUGUUGGGUUGCAAGAAGUUGAAAUGGGUGCUGGUGUCCUUGCACUGUCUGCUGCUAAAGAGACUGUAGGACUUGCAGGGAGUACUGUUGGGCAAUGGUGGCUGGAUAUGAUUGGUAAAACAUUGGAUGAAGGAUCGACGUUUGAACAUGUUGGUUCUAGGCAGUUGGCUGGCUUGCUCAUCUCUGUGUGGGUUAGAAAUAGUCUUAGAGCUCAUGUUGGUGACGUUGAUGCUGCAGCAGUUCCAUGUGGCUUUGGGCGUGCAAUUGGUAAUAAGGGAGCUGUUGGUUUGAGGCUAAGAGUGUAUGACCGGAUAUUUUGCUUUGUCAACUGUCACUUUGCUGCUCAUUUAGAAGCAGUUAAUCAGCGAAAUGCAGAUUUUGAUCAUGUAUAUCGAACAAUGACAUUUUGCCGAUCAACUAAUGUUUUCAAUGCUGCCGCUGUUGGUUCUGCUGCUGCUGUUCAAAUGCUCCGUGGUACAAAUGUUAUUGGUGAGCAACCUGCAGAAGGGAUGCCUGAGUUAUCUGAGGCAGACUUGGUCAUAUUUCUUGGUGAUUUUAAUUAUCGGCUUGAUGGUAUCGGUUAUGAUGAAGCACGGGACAUUAUUUCUCAAAGAUGCUUUGAUAGGCUUAGAGAAAGGGAUCAGCUCCUGACAGAAAUGGAAGCUGGUAAUGUCUUCCAAGGGAUGCACGAAGCAGUUAUUACAUUUCCACCCACAUACAAGUUUGAAAGGCAUAAAGCUGGUUUAUCAGGGUAUGAUUCUGGUGAGAAGAAGCGCAUCCCUGCCUGGUGUGACAGAGUUUUAUAUCGUGAUAGCCGCUCAACUUUGUCGUCUGGUUGCAGCUUAGCAUUCCCCGUGGUCUCUUCAACAGCGAGGUAUGAGGCUUGCAUGGAUGUGAUAGAUAGUGAUCACAAGCCGGUGCGGUGCAUAUUUAAUGUUGAUAUUGCUCGAGCUGACGAUUCAAUAAGGAGGCAAGAGCUUGGUGCAAUUCUUGGGUCAAAUGAAAAAGUUAGAUAUAUGCAUGAAGAACUUCACAAAAUUCCAGAAACUAUUGUCAGUUCAAACAAUAUAAUCCUUCAAAAUCAGGACACGUCUAUUUUGCAUAUUACAAACAAGUCCGGGAAAAAUGAUGCUUUCUUUGAAAUAAUUUGUGAACGCUUAUCUUUCAUCAGGGAUGGACAAGCAUCAGAUCAUCAUCCAAGAGGUUCCUUUGGCUUUCCACGAUGGCUUCAGGUCACUCCAGCAGCUGGCAUAAUCAGACCCAAUCAUAUUGCAGAGGUGUCGGUUCAUCACAAUGAAUUCCAAACUAAACAGUUUGUUAAUGGUGUCCCCCAAGAUUGUUGGUCUGAACACAACAGAGACACAGAAAUUAUAUUGGUGGUUAAGGUGCAGGGCAGUUACACAACCGAAGCAAGAAAUCACCGUGUUUGUGUGCGCUCCUGCCUCACACAGCUAAAGACAAAACCAGCGGUCCCUGAAUCAAACAGCCGGCAAAUCCAAGGAACAGCGCUCCACCGGUCUGAUUUUCAACUCUUUAGGUCUCGUUUGUUUUUAGGAAACUUCUCAACUCAUAUCAUCUCAUCAUUACAACUUUUCUAAAUUUUCAUACAUAAUAAAAUAAACAAUUUAACU